ACAGUUAUACAGAAUAACGCAACAGGAGCUUUUAUAUCUUUCUGAAGUGGAGUUGGUGUGGAGGUCUGUGAAAAUCAUGAAGAUUCUCCUCCUCAUCUUCACCCUCUGUCUGAUCUCAGAUGUCGGAGCGUCCGAGGAAGUAACAGGAUAUAUAGGAGGAGGAGUCCUGAUCAACUGCAAGUAUGAUACAGAAUACAUAAAAAAUACAAAAUCUUUCUGUAAGGUGGCAUCAUUGGUAUGUUCUGACCAAAUAAAGACAGAAGCUAAAAACAUGUGGGUAACUUCAGGAAGAUUCUCAGUGUUUGAUGACACCAAAUCAGCAGAGUUCUGGGUGAUGAUCAGAGAACUCACUGUAGAGGACACUGGGACGUACCGGUGUGGGGAUUAUCCGUCUGCAUGGAUGAAAAUGUACACACAAGUGGAACUGAAGAUAAAGAAAGCAGGAAGUUCUAAAUCUAGAGAAGUGACUGCAUAUGCAGGGACGAGAAGCAACAUCAAGUGCAGAUACGAGGAUCAAUACAAAAACAAACCCAAAUCUUUCUGGAAGAUCAGAACAGAUCAGUGGAGUAUUAAACACAUAAACACUGAAGCACACAGUGAAUGGUCACAUGAUGGCAGAUUCUCAAUCCAUGACAACAAAAGUGCAGGAUUCUUCAGUGUGUUUAUCAGAGAGCUGAUUAUAGAGGACACUGGGACGUACGCAUGUGCUGUUGCUGCGUCUGAUCAAAUAGAGAUCUACACUGUAGUGAAGCUGAACGUCACAGAAGAUGUUUCCUUCGAGAAGACCAUCAGCGAGACGGCACAUGUAGGGGAAGAUGUGACAAUCAGAUGUACAUACCCAGAAUCCCACAGAAAUGACAAUAAGUUUCUUUGCAAGAGGCCUAAAACUGCUGCUUGUCUUUAUUCUGCAACCAUUAAAGAAAGUAAAAAAUAUAGAAGUGUGGGGAAAUUCUCCCUGUAUGAUGACAGAGAGAAACACGUCUUCACUGUGAGUCUCAAAGAUGUCACUAAGCAGGACUCUGGUGAAUACUGGUGUGGAGCUGAAGUGGCCUGGAAAAAGGAUCAUGGAUACAAAGUGUAUUUCACACAAGUCAACCUGACUGUUACUGGCCAGAAAAAAACUGCACAAGUUUCCAGGAUGGCUAAUAGAGAAGAUGAAGUUGACCCACAGAUGAUCUAUGAGAUGGUGAAUGCCAACACCUACCAAUUUAAUCCUGUCUAUGAAAAUCUCAAUUAA